AUGUCUCAAUACGACUUCUCGCUCUGUGAGCACAACUGGUCUCUUGCAAGAUACUUUGGUUUCCCCGUACCAUCGCCCACUUCCCUGUCGCCUCAAUUUGAUGAAGAAAUGUCGGAUUCUAUCCCAACGUCGACACCCCCAGCCAAAAGACCUGUCCGAACCCCAACGUCCAGUCCAACGUCCCGGCGGAAACGUCAAAAGGCUUCGUCGCUAGAAAAUACUCCAACCUCCACGACAGUCAAUUACAAGUCACCCGAUUAUGUCCGUGAGUUGCUAGCAAGAGGUGUGCAGCAAGCAACCGGGAAGCCAGCGGAGUACGAAAUGAUGGUGGCACGCCUCGAGAAGCGUCCACCCAAUUGGCAAGAUCUUCCAAACACAACCCUGGACUCCUUUGACGUUAUCAUUCGCAGUGCCGGGAAUGAAGGAAGCAUCCAGGGGGGCAUUGUCCCUCUUUUGAUGGACUACAUUGGUCUACUGUUAGACCCAGAAACGCUGGCUGUAAUGGAUAUACCAUUCAGCAAACAGUGCCAGCUCCCUGUCCAAUUUCCACUGGACGAAAACUCAAAGAAUAUCCCAGCACCGUACCCAGACGUCUCUGUUGGUCUCCGUCGCAGCCAGUUCGUUGACUACGAACCAGCCCUACAUCACCUAAACCACAUUUCCUCGCCUAUUGCAAGAACUCCGGACCUCGUUUUCCCAUGCUUUGCUCUCGAGGCCAAAGGUGGCAGCGGAGGGAUGGAUGCGGAAACGCAGAACCGGCACAACACAGCAAACAUGCUGUACAAUUUAAGACAGCUUUCAGUUCGCUCAAACGGGGAAGAAGCCACCCACCUAUCAUUCGACCGGAUUGUCAAAGCCUGUUCGGCCACAGUAACACAGCAAGCAAUGACCAUCUUUUGUCACUGGGUUGAACAGAGCCAGAAUACCCAAAACCUUAUCUUCUACUCGUAUCCUGUGAAGUCUGUCGCUUUCGGUGCGAUGUCGUAUCAGGAUUGGAAUCGCGCCGCUAUGUACCUGCAGAAUGCCAUUUCCUUCACAGUGCAAAAGACACUCAGUCAAGUCAAGGAGGACUUGCCAAGAUGGAAUGAGCAGAUAUUCCGCCAGAGUCGGCUCAAAGAAGACAAUCAGGCACAGCCUACUACGACCCCGGCAAGCCCCAAAUUCAGCCAGCGGGAAUAA